AUGGGAGGUAACACUCAGAGACCAGAAAAGUCAACCUCUAAGCAGACCAGUACCGAAGGAAAUCGAUCGAAAGUACCGGCUAGGGUUUAUGCACUAGGCUAUCAACAGGUUCCUGAGGCGACUGAGGUGGUUGAAGGCAAUCACGAAGGAGAGGACCGUGGUUUAGAGCGGUUCCAAAAAUUUGCACCUCCAAAGUUUAUAGGUGGGGCCGACCCUGACUAUGCGGAAGAGAAACGGGAAGAUGAUUUUAUCCGCCUGCGUCAAGGGACAUCUAGUGUAGCAGAGUACGAAACCCAGUUUACAAAGCUCUCCCGUUUUGCGCCGGAGUUGGUGCUAACGGAGCGAAAACGAAUUCGCCGCUUCGUUCAAGGUUUAAAUGUGGAAAUCCAGGAAGCACUAGCGGCCGCACAACUGGACACAUUUAGUCAGGCACUAGAAAAGGCACAAAGAAUUGAGAUAGCUAGGGGACAAGUAAAAGCUUUCCAUGACCGAAAAAGAAAGCAACCUAGCUCCGACGUUGCGACUGGACAAAACUCGAGAAAUGAGUCACCUUUUAAGACGAGUAAAGGAACAGAUGGUCCACGACCUGCAAGGAUUCUGAAUAACUUUGGGAGAGGUCAGGUAGGGCAAGAGCCCCAGAGGAGUGCCCAGCGUGGAGGGUCAAGUGCAGGCAGUAAGCCAAUCUGUGAUUUCUGCGGGGCCAAUCACACCGACGAAAACUGUUGGAAGAACAGUUCGAUCCGAAAAUGCUAUAAAUGUGGUAGUACAGAGCAUCUGAUUGCCCAAUGCCCUAAGAUGCAAAAAGAGAGACGUAAAUCGCCGACUGAAGGGACCAUAGCUAACCCGUCAAAUACAGGGGAAAAUCGACCCAAAGGACUAGCUAGAGUAUAUGCAAUGGGUCAACAAGAGGUGUUAGACCCUUCGGUGGGCAUCGAAGGUACGACCUUUCUUAUCGGCGCGCCGCAAGUGUUUAAUAGACCCUGA